UCAACUUUUUUUGAAGGCAGCUCUCAUUCUGUUGCUAAAGCGCAAGUUUACAAAUCUCCUGUGUAUCCUGUGCGCGCGCGCAUUUAUGUGCGUGCGGAGACGGAAAGGCGUUGGACUGAAAGCCAUCCCAGUGAACAAUUAGAGGCUGAGAUUGACAGGUGGGCUCUGCCUGUCAGGGUGACGCUUGUGGAGGGGUGGAGUAAAGGAGAGGCCCGGAAAGGCAGCUGGAUGUGUCUUGUCUGUCAGUGUGGAGAGAGCUGUCUGAACGCACCGCGCAUCACCAAACGUGCGCACAUUUCACUGCGGAGAAUAUCCGGGGGACGCUCGUUGCGCUUUUUAGAACAAAUAACGCUAAAUACAAAAGCGCGACACAAUAGCGGCAGUACGCGCACGGUCUGCGGCUCGGAGGGCGGGCCCCGCUCGUUGUUUUGGUGUUGACUUUCUGAGAAAUUCGUCAAGUGUCCAUGUUGACAAUCGGGACGGACACGCGUAUAUACUAGCGGAGGUUGUGGACCGGUGCUCGGAGCUGGCACCCGGACGGACGGACGGAGCGAAACACCACAGCGCAGUGUGCUCUCCGCCGCCGAGUGAGUUAAAACGCCAGAAGGGGAGCUCCGGUUUUUCUUCACUUUUUGCUGUGAACAGAGGUACGAAUUAGUCCAGUGAGGGGGUGUAAACCUCUUUUUUUGAUGGGAACGCGGCGAGGAGCUCCGGUAGCUGUCCAUAUCCGCCCUCGAUAGACUUGAGAUCCGCACGGAGCUUUCCGCCAGUUUUUGUUUUUUUUCUUCCACCGACCCAGCCCGCGAUGAGUUUCUGCGAUCGGCAGAAGUUAACGGACGAGCCCCCCUUUUUUGUGCUUUAAAUGAUUUGUAUUCUUCGUUUUCUCACCGGACACACCGAUUACAAACAAUGACCAGUAGAGAUUAAACCUCGCCUCGCACCGACAAAACAGAGACUUCUUCGCCCCCCUGCGAGGGAUCUACACUUUAUUUCUAACAUCCCCGCUGAAGAACCGAGGAAGCGCCGCUGGCUUUGCUUUUCCUCACUUUGGGUUUCCUCUCCAGCUCGUCCGCUGUUUUGAUCUCUGCAUGAAAAGUCAAGCGGAAAGUCUCGCAGCAGCAUGCCGAGGAGAAAGCAGCAAGCGCCGCGGCGGUCAGCAGCUUAUGGAUCUGAGGACGAGUUUAAAGGGGAUAAGAUCGAUGAAGAGGAACAUCUGCAAGAUGACGGCCUUUCCCUGGAUGGCCAAGAAGAUGCAGACUAUCUUUUCAAUGAUGACGAGGAUGCAGGUGAUCGUUAUAGCUGCCAAAACUCUCCACUCAGCAAUGGCACUAACCCAGACGCUGGGUAUGCCUCUCCACUCAGCACCACCAGUGAUCAUCUGGUGGACCUUAAGACCACGCCCUCCCUCAUUGAUCAGGACAAGGUAGAGGAGAAGCAAGCGGAGAGCACAGAGCCCAUCAAUGGCGUCUUGCUAAAGGACAGUCUGGCCAAAAUGAAAACUGUCUAUGCAAACCUGAUCUCGGAUGCCUCCUGGUCCAGCAUUGCUAUGGACAUGCUAAAAAGUAAACAAGGGAACGAUUACGCAGCCAGCAAUGACAAUGGAAGCAAUCACAAAGGGAGUAAUGGCUUCCUGAACAGUCACAGCCCAGGCAACAUCCGUCUGAAGAGCAGAUGUAGCACUAGCAAUGCCUCAGCCACCACUAAUAUUACCAUCGGCAGUACCAACACCAGAGCAGUGUCGAGCAACAGUGGCGCCGGUGUAAACUCUGGAGGAUUAGCUUAUGACUGGCACCAGGCAGCGUUGGCCAAAACCCUACAGCAUACCCCCUACCAACUGCUUCCUGAGCCAAGCCUUUUCAGUACCGUGCAGCUUUACAGGCAAAACAAUAAGCUCUAUGGCCCUGUGUUUACGGGUGCCAGCAAGUUCAGGUGCAAGGACUGUAGUGGUGCCUAUGACACGUUGGUUGGCCUGACGGUGCACAUGAACGAGACGGGCCACUACCGUGACGACAAUAAGGAUACCGAGGAUGAUCGCAGCAGGAGGUGGUCCAAGCCACGGAAGCGUUCUCUGCUGGAGAUGGAAGGCAAAGAAGAUGCCCAAAAAGUUCUUAAAUGCAUGUACUGUGGCCAUUCUUUCGAAUCCUUGCAAGACCUCAGUGUUCAUAUGAUCAAAACAAAACACUAUCAGAAAGUGCCUCUAAAAGAACCAAUGCCAGCUCUCACCUCAAAGCUGGUACCCCCAACCAAAAAAAGAGCAUUUCAAGACUUGAUGUCCCCGAGCUCGCCGGAGUCUUUCUCGUCUGGCAUACACUUGGGAGAGUCUCACAAAGACCAAAAAGUGGCCAAUCCUUAUGUCACUCCAAACAAUCGAUACGGUUACCAAAACGGUGCCAGUUAUACUUGGCAGUUUGAGGCACGCAAGGCUCAAAUUCUCAAAUGCAUGGAAUGUGGUAGUUCACAUGACACCUUGCAGCAACUAACAGCCCAUAUGAUGGUUACUGGGCACUUUCUCAAAGUAACCAAUUCAGCCUCUAAAAAGGGUAAGCAGUUAGUUUUUGAUCCUAUCAUUGAGGAGAAAUUUCAGUCAAUUCCUCUGCCACCGACUACAACACGACUCCCAGCACCCAAUGGGAAGUCGCAGCCAGACUCCCCAUUGCAGCCCACUAGCCUUGAGGAGAAAAACGAAGAAAUGAAAGAUGAAGAGGCAGAGGAGGAGAAAAUGGAAGGGAUGGAACCAGAGAAGAAAAUAAAAGAGGAGAAAGAAGAUCCUCCUGAAAAAGCUGACAAACCUAGAAAGGCCAGAUCUUACCAAUAUCUGAGAGAAGAAGACUUGGAAGAGACACCUAAAGGUGGCUUGGACAUCCUGAAGUCUUUAGAGAAUACAGUUUCAAGUGCAAUCAGCAAGGCCCAAACAGGCUCACCAACCUGGGGUGGAUACCCCAGCAUUCAUGCCGCCUAUCAACUCCAUGGAUCCUUGAAGUCCACCUUUCCGUCAUGUGCACAGGUUCUACCUUUAUUCAGCAGCAAGAGUUUGAAGGUACUGUCCUCUGAAUUAAGCAAUCUGAUCCAUUCACCAAAUAGCCCCUCUCCACCACCAAGUCACAAGAGCAAUGUGUUGGCAAUGGAGGAGCUAGUUGAGAAAGUGACAGGGAAAAGUUCAGUAAAAAGUGAAAAAGAGGAAAAACCUGUACAGCGUAAGGGCAGGUCUCUAAAGUCUCCAUUGCCAAAUCCUAAGGACAAACAGGUUUCACCCAUUCCAGAAAACAGCUUACGGGCAGCGAAAAAAACUUUAGUAGAGGACCAGACUGAGUUGAGAGGAAAAGAAGGUGAGCAGACAGCGAGUAAAAUAGAGAGACAGAUAAAAAGUGAAUUUGAUUCACCAAAAAAGCCUGUAAGCAAUGGCUGCAAUAACCUGAGCAUCAUCACGGAUCACUCACCUGAACAACCACUAGUCAACCCUCUCAGUGCUUUGCAGUCUAUCAUGAACAACCACUUGGGCAAAGCUGCAAAAGUGGCCACUCCGUUCGUAGACCCCUUUGCGAUGCUUUAUAAGAUCAACAGCAGCUCUGCUCAGGUUAAGUCAGCAGAGCCUGUGAGUCAGUACUGCGAUGACGACGAUGAUGAUGAUCAGCCCAUUGACUUGACAAAAUCCAAAAACACCAAUGGCAGUACACCUACGGGUGCUUCUACACCAAACAACAAUGGCAGUGUAAGCAAUAGCAAACCAGCUUUCAAAGAUUUCUCACAGUCCUCAUCUCCGCUCCUUCGGGAGAAUGCUUUGAUGGAUAUUUCAGACAUGGUAAAAAACCUGACGGGCCGUUUGACACCAAAGUCCACGACCCCUUCUUCCAUCUCUGAGAAAUCCGACUUCGAUGGCUGUACUUUUGAGGACAGUUUGGAGGAGUUGUCUCCCAUCCAAAGACGGAAGGGCCGACAGUCAAACUGGAAUCCCCAGCACCUCCUGAUUCUCCAGGCCCAGUUUGUCUCUAGUCUUAGAGAGACUGCUGACGGAAAGUUGGUGGUCAGUGACUUGGGACCCCAGGAACGUGUCCACAUCUGUAAAUUCACUGGUCUCUCCAUGACUACUAUCUCACAUUGGCUGGCCAAUGUAAAAUACCAGUUAAAGCGGACAGGGGGAACAAAGUUCCUUAAAAAUAUUGAGUCUGGCCAACCUCUGUUUUUGUGCGGUGACUGUGCUUCCCAGUUUAGGACUCCCUCCGCCUACAUUCACCAUUUGGAGACCCACCUCGGGUUUACCCUGAAGGACCUCUCAAAGCUUUCCAUUGAUUUAAUCGAGCAGCAAGCAGUCAGCAGAAUAGAGGACAAGACUUUUAGUACUUCUGGACUUACAGAAGAAGACACUGGCUCAAUAUAUCAGUGCAAACUGUGCAAUCGGACAUUUGCGAGCAAACAUGCAAUCAAAUUGCACCUUUGCAAAACACAUGGGAAGUCGCCUGAGGACCAUCUUAUCUUUGUGAAAGAGUUGGAAAAGUUUGAUAAACAAUGAAGAAGCUGAUAGCAUGACAGAUUACUGUUGCACUAUAACUCAAAGCUACAAUCUGUCAUAACAGAUGGUGGCCACAACUGUAUUGACACAUAUCGUAAUGACAACAUGGUUGAUACUGUAGUUAUUCAGCUAUCCAUAAAUGACAGGAGCUUGCGCUGCAGAGGCUCGAAGCCAAGUUGUAAAAGUAGCAUUUUCCGGUGACAUAAACGUACCAAAUUGGUGCAGCAGCCAUGGCACUGAUUGUUGCUUUCCUAAUGCACUGCAUCUAAUCUGAGCCUUUGGAAAAAGUCCAUCUGUUGAUUUAAAACUGGACCACGCUCUUAUUUUGAUCACUGAUUUUGAAUUCAAAAUGAAUAUAUUUCAACACAACUUACAUAUUAUUUAUGAGACACUUUGUGCAUGUGUUUGUGUAAAACAGUGAGCAUAUUAUGUCGAAUGAAAUUUCAACCAUGAUUACAAAACUGAUAUCCCUGUUGUUUUUUUCAAAUUGCAGGCUUAGCUUUUAAAAUGAAGGUAAAUGGUUAUAAAAGUAACCAUGUGAAAGGUGAUGUUUUAAAAUAUUAAGAUGAUUUCAGCACUUUAAGUGUAAAUUGAAGAAAUGUGUGGGUAAAAAUGACACAUCACCUUUUUCAUUUUGAAUCUCUUGAUCAACAUUACAAUUUGGGGGACGAACUAUAUUGUUUUGUAUUUGUCAUUAAAUCCCAGAAAUUCUUACAAAAUAUUUAGAAUAUUGUUUUUUCUAGUAAAAUAUGAUUUCCUGGUUGUUUCAACAUGUACAGUAUUUGCGUUAGUAGGCUACCAAUUUUAUUAUUGUGAAGCUACAGUUGUAAAAUUAAUGAAGUUUAAAGUUAUUGUAUGAAUAAUCAGCAAGUAUGUAUACAUGUGUCAGCAUAUCUUGCUCUUUACAGUUCAACAUUAUUUGUACUGUGUGCAUUUUUAUAAUGUUGUUUUCUAGAAAAAUAUGGGGGGAAAUGUGUAAAACUACAGAAUAUUGUCGGACCACAAUGUCCUUUUUCAGUGAAAAGUAGGUCCUUUGAUGAGGUUUACAUAAAAUUACAGACUUUUAAUGGCAUCUGCUCUGAUGCAUGGUCCUGUACAUAACAUUGAAGAAAUAAAUUCUCACCCAAUGAUAGAUUGUCAGGUUUUAUCAUCAACCCGAUUAUUCAGAAUGGCAUUCUUUUAUCCUCAGUUGUAAAAUAAACUCCAUGUCAUGGAUUAAAUUGUGGUGUGGAUUGAGUGUUUUUGGGAAGAGUGUGAAAUCCAGACAGACUGAACCUGAAACACAAAAUCAGACUGCUAACUCUUGCCAAUAUUUUUUUCAAUAAUGUAAUAAUGGUGUUUCUCUGCCACAUUUAUAGAUUUGAAGAAAGCCUAUGGUAAAUGGACUGCAUUCAUAUAGCGUCUUUUUCUGCCUUAUCAAGAAAGCGCAUUACAGUUUGUAAUCGCAUUCACCCAUUCACACACGCAUUCAUACACCGACGGGGGCAGAGCUGCCACGCAAGGCCGUUUGGAGCUACUCGGUUCAGUGUCUUGCUCAAUGACACUUUGACAUGCGUAUAGGGGGAGCCAACCGGCAACCUUGAGACUAAAGGAAGACCUGCGCUACCGCUUUCUCUAAAGUCAAUUAUGUGAAGCUGGAAAAAGAUAUUCUUUGAUGAAAGGAUAGUUUUGCAUUAGUUACAGUGGUUGGCACAACACAAAAUUGGGGAAAUACCCUCCAGUUCAGUAUGAGAUGGAUGUGUGGAGCUUCUAUUUUUGAAACUGACUAAGCUCUGAUUUGAGGAUGCCUUUGCUGCUGCUUGGACAGAACAAAGUGAAUCACUGAAGUGGUCACCACGCUACAGGUAGUUCUGGAAUAGGCCCCUAUUCCAAAUCGCAUUGAAAUGUCCAUCCAACCAUCUACUUUACUGUCGGGAUCAUAAAUACAAUGCAGUGUGACAGCCUGGAUUUUGACAGCGCUGUGACAGACGCGGUACUUCGGCUUCAAGCAGACAGUCAGCUGGUCUGACUUUUUCUGGAUGUAUGCAUAAAUGAACUGUUCUAGAGGGAUUGAGGGGCUCAAAGGGGCGUCGGGUUUGGACAACUCCGGGCACUUUAAGGGAUGAAC